CAACUGGAGCGCGCUGGGUGCCUUGGUCAUUCUGGGGACAGUAACAGCUGUUGGAUAUCCGCUAUGUUGCUGUGGCGGGUGUCACGACCGGACUUUCAGGGUCUUUCUCCUCCCUAGCUCAGAUUGCGCAGCGUGUUUUCUCCCAGGGCUCGUGGGCUGCGGACGCACCUAGGACCCCAGGCUCCCACCCCGAGCCAUGUCCACCGCGGAGGCCUCUGCCGUGCCGGCCGACGCCGCCGAGGUGGGCGGCAGGGCGAAGACCGGCAGUCCCCGCACAAUCCCGGUGUUUGGGGUGGCGAUCCCGGAUGGGGAGAUGCAGGAUAUUUUCAAGCCUAUGGACCUUAAUCGUAUCAUCAAGCUCCUGGAAGAGGAUGAUAAGGAUGUCUCAGAAGAAAAACAACUGAAGUAUAUCAAGAAACUGGUACACUGUUAUCAGAAUGGAUUUCCUCUAAGAGAUUUGGCACAGAUAUUUAAAAUUCUGAGUCUGUGUGCAGAAAAAAUUGAAAAGCAGCCAUGUUUUGUAGAGCCUGCAUCUGAAAUCAUAAAGUUGUGUGGCUUGCCAUUUUUGAAAAAGAAAGUAUCGGAUGAAAUAACUUACACUGAAGAUACCGCUAACUCAUUUGCACUUCUGGGUGAAUUAAUGAAAAUACCAAGUUCUAAAUUAAGGAUACAAAUCUGUAAGUGUAUUGUUGACUUCUAUCAUGCAGAACCACUAAAGAAACACAUUUCAGGCUACCAGCAAGUUAGCUCGUCAUUCAAGAUUAAAAUGGUAGAGGUCGGAGGAUUAGCAAAAGCAAUGGUCCAGUCUGCACUCCUGCUUGAGAAUCAGCUUGUUGAGAAACUCUGGGUUCUUAAAGUUCUGCAGCAUCUCUCUACUUCUGGAGUUAACUGCACUUUGAUGGUGAAAGCCCAAGCAGCCAGCAGACUCUGUGCUCACCUCAACGACCCGGAUCCCUCAGGACAGCUUUUGUUUCGUUCAUCAGAAGUACUGUGGAAUUUAUUGGAGAAAUCUUCAAAGGAGGAAAUUAUACAGCAGCUCAGUAACUUGGAAUGCCUGCUGACUUUGAAGGAAGUAUUUAAAAAUCUGGUUAUGAGGGGGCAUAGUCACUAUGAGCGUCAGCUUAGAAAUGAUAUAUUAGUUAUCACCACAAUUAUAGCUCAGAACCCUGGAGCACCAAUGAUUGAAUGUGGCUUUACCAGGGAUUUGAUUCUAUUUGCAACUUUUAAUGAAGUUAAAAGUCAAAAUCCUUUGGUAAAAAGUCUUAAGCUUUUUAAUUGCUAUGAAGAUUUUGAACUGAAGAAAUUGCUAUUCAAUAUAAUUGUGAUCUUGUGUAAAGAUUUAACUACUGUACAGCUUUUAAUCGAUGGCAAAGUUAUUUUGGCUUUGUUGACCUAUGUAAAAAAGCCUGAGAGACUCAAAAUUAUUGAGUGGUCUGCAGCACAGUAUGAAGAACUACAACUGCAUGCAAUUGCCACCUUGUCCUCAGUGGCUCCUUUGUUAAUAGAGGAGUACAUGUCAUGCCAAGGCAAUGCUCGGAUCCUUGCAUUUUUAGAAUGGUGUGGGCAUGAGGAUUCCUACUUCAUUCAUGGCAACAGUUUCCAUGGUACAGGGGGCCGUGGAAACAAGUUUGCACAGAUGCGUUACACUUUAAGACUCCUCAGAGCCAUGGUUUAUCUUGAAGAUGAGACUGUGAACAAGGACCUUUGUGAAAGGGGGGUUAUUCAUCAACUGAUAGAAAUCUUUAAAACUAUGAUGAGCAGACCUGCUGAGAAGGAAGAGGCCAUUGCCUUAGAAAUCCAGUCUGACACAUUACUUAUUCUGUCAGGUCUUUGUGAGAAUUAUAUCCAGAGGAAGGAAAUGUUCGGAACUGAAGGAGUUGACAUAGUUCUCCACGUAAUGAAAACAGAUCCCAAGAAUUUACAGAGGGGCUUAGGCUACAACGUCCUUCUUUUCAGUACAUUAGACAGCAUUUGGUGCUGUAUUUUGGGGUGUUAUUCUUCUGAAGAUUAUUUUCUUGAAAAGGAAGGGAUUUUUCUCCUUUUGGAUAUUCUGGCAUUGAACCAAAAAAAAUUCUGUAAUCUGAUUCUUGGAAUAAUGGUUGAAUUUUGUGAUAAUCCCAAAACUUCUGCUCAUGUCAAUGCUUGGCGCGGGAAGAAAGACCUGACUGCUGCUAGUCUUUUGAUUAAACUGUGGAGAAAAGAGGAAAAAGAGCUAGGAGUAAAACGUGACAAGAAUGGCAAGAUCGUUGAUACAAAGAGACCCCUAUUUACUAGUUUUCAAGAAGAACAAAAGAUCGUGCCCCUUCCUGCUAACUGCCCAUCCAUUGCAGUUAUGGAUGUUGCUGAAAAUAUCAGAGCAAAAAUUUAUGCCGUGUUGGAUAAACUAGAUUUUGAAAACUUACCAGGCUUAUCUGCUGAAGAUUUUGUCACCCUCUGUAUAAUACAUAGAUAUCUUGAUUUUAAAAUUGGAGAAAUAUGGAAUGAAGUGUCUGAAGAAAUAAAGUUGGAAAAGUUAAGACUAGUCACUGUAGAUGAAAAAUCCUUGCACUCUAUUAUCGCAGCAACAGAGAAUAUUGGAAAGAUGGUUGCUUCCUUGCAAAGUGAGAUGAUCGAAAACCAAGCACUCCAGGAUGUGCAGAAUGAACAAAGAGUAUAUGCAAAAAUACAAGCUACACAUAAGCAGAGAGAUCAGGCUCACAAGUCAUGGGAAAACUUCUUGGCUAGAACAUCAAAUGCUAAAACAUUAAAGAAAGCAAAGAGACUUCAAGAAAAGGCCAUAGAAUCCUCCAGAUACAGCAAACGACCACAAAAUGCAAUAUUCCACCAAACAGUUAUUAAAGGCCUUAACACAACGGUAACUUCGGGCCGGGUGGUGACAGUGGAAAGCACUCCUACUCGACUGCUGGGAGGACCUCUGGCUGACACAGACAUUGCUCUUAAAAAACUGCCUAUUCGAGGAGGAGCCUUGCAGAAGGUGAAAGUGAAGCCGCUGAAUGGCCUUAAAAAGACUGUCCCUAUCUGAUGUGUUCCACUGCUUCUGAAAUAAAUUCUACAUGGAACUUUUUAGCUAAAUGUAUAUUUAUAUACAAAUGCAAGGCACAAAGUUUAGAAUAAAUAUUUUAGUGAGAUAUAAAAAUUAAAGUUAGGAUAAUAUACUUUUUAAUAGAAAACAGCACUAUUUGAAAAGAUUAUCAGUCCCUUAACUGAAAUUGUAAAUGUGUUAACAAUUUGGACUUUUGGCUCUACAUUAAUUGCUCCAAAUACUUUACCCUAAGGGACAUUUCUGUGGGCUUUGCAUCUCCCAUCAUGAGUAGUUUAGACUGUGGCAACUGUUGGCUCAAGGGGCUGAAACUGGAUUGGGAGGGAUCUCCUUCCAGCAACCCUACCUUAUAUUUAUCCAGUGGAAAAGUGUGGGCAUAUUUUUCUCAGUAACUGGUGUCGCCCCCUCUAUGUGUUGGAGCCUUGCUUGGCCAGGCCCACAUGCCUACUCUAGAGCACCUUACCUCAGAGCCAGCAAGAUCUGAAUACUCCUUGCUCUUGGAGCCAUAAACAGUCCAACAUCAUCUAAAAUACCUUAAUGGAGUCAGGAAUCAAGGUGCUAUUAUCAGAAGGAUCUACGAAUACCAAAGCAAUACAUACGUUGAUGAAAGCAUUCUAUUAGUAAAGGCAAUGGCCAGUCACAAGCUAAAAAUAAAAACAAGCAUAUACACAGUUUUACUCUAAAUAUAUAAUUUUUCAAAGUGCAGCUAGAGAGAUAGAUCUUUAAAUGCACUGGCUGCUCUUCCAGAGGCACCAACAUAAUUCCAGUCCCAGAGGAUGUGACCUUUCUUCUGGCCCCCUCAAGCACCAGACACUCACAUGGUGCACAGACAUAUGUGCAAGCAAAACUCCCAUAGACAUAGAAGAGAUAAAAUUUUAAAUUCAGUAAAUAAAAGUUUGAAGCUAAUUCUAAUGCUAUUUCUCCGAUGGGAAAGGGGCAGGUAGUAUGUGGGUAAGCAGAUAGAAGAAUGCAACAUGUCCAUACAAAUGGUACCAAAUAAUGUCACAUUAAAAUCUCAGACACCCAGAAUCCUUUGCUGCGUCCACAGCUAAGAGCAAUGAAUCUUAUAGACUAUGGGCUUUGUCAGACUUGUAGUUCCCCGAAGGCAAGGAAAAGAACGUGUCUAAUUUACCAUUUGACCAGCACCUCAGUAACGAAGUUAGUGAUGAAGGCUUUGUCUCUGGCAGCGUUUCCCUUGACAUCUUCAAAUGCAGCAAUGCACUGACCUCAAAGGAAAGACUCAGCCCACAGGAUGUACUGCACAAGUGAUGCUAAGCAAGGAGAGCAUGCUAAAGUAGUUCAAAUACGUGUGCUUCAAAGCCGCCAUGGGCUUUGAUCAAGUUACAAGGUAUGAAUGAAAACAUUAUAGAAAAAUUGUUGUGAUUUGGUUGAGGAUCAGUUUUACACAUAGGUCCUAUCUCCAAAUUGAUUUAGACUGAUCCCCGUCAGCGCCAUCUGAGGUCUACAGACUGUUCUGCUACCCAGUAGGAAGAGAGAAGACAAAAUAAGACAGGUUAUUUUCUAGCAGGUAUUUACUACAUGGAGGAGUAUAGGCUGGUGGAAAGCAGCAAUAGUGCUCAAAGCAGAAACUCUACGCAUGGUAGACAGAUCUCUAGCAAGCUUGUUUCUCUGAUACAGUUCCGGCCAUCACACAGUGAGCCAGGGAGGCUACCACUCUGACAGCAGCACAAACUUCCCGGCUUUUCUUCCUCCCUCUAUCCUAUAACUGCUCCCUGUGAGUCCAAGUGGAUAUGGCAUCUGAGUGGCCCUGCCUGGGCAAUGGACAGUCUAUUUUCUUCUAUGAGUGAGCUGAGACAAACUUGCAAGCCUUAAAACUGAGAUAUGUACUAAUCAGAUAAAUAAAACUUGUAUUUUGAAAUCAGAA